AGCGCCAGCCGUAUGUGUUUAGUCAGAUCAGGGGGAAGAUUUCUAACAACCUCCAAGGAAUCAUUUUAGCGGUCAUCCUUGUGGUAACAGUUGUCAUUGUGCAGGUAACAAUGCUGAGGUACCAGAAUCUCGUUCCUGAGAAUAAUUACCAGGACAGACAGAAAGACAGUAAGAGUAUGUCCUCCCGGGGACGGGGAGCCUUCUGGAUGGAGUAUGACAAUGGAUCGCUCAUUGACAACAGCUUGGUCCAAGGAUGGGACGUUACAAAUGCCAACUGCUCUGCCAACUCCAGCAUGGUCAGCAUGCCGUGGUUUGCUGGAGUGGGGGAACGUAUCCAGCGGUUCCUGUUGUACCGGCACUGUAGGUACUUCCCUAUGAUCUUUAACCAUCCAGAGAAAUGCGGAGAAGACAUCUAUCUCCUGAUGGUGGUCAAGUCCGUGAUCACACAGUACAAGCGCAGGGAGGCCAUCCGCAGGACCUGGGGACAGGAGAAGGAGAUCAGGGGCAAGAAGAUCAGACUCCUGUUCCUGCUGGGGACAGACUCCAAAGGAGAACAGCAGGCUCACCACCAGAAGCUCCUGGAGUACGAGGACAGGGUGUUUGGGGACAUUCUCCAGUGGGACUUUGAAGACAGUUUCUACAACCUCACCCUCAAGGAGGUUGGCUUCCUAAAGUGGUUUUCCAUCUAUUGUCAAAGCGUGCCAUACAUCUUCAAGGGAGACGAUGAUGUCUUUGUAAACACUGACAAUAUAGUUGAAUUUUUGGAACAUAGUAACAAGGAAGACUUUAUCAUUGGAGAGAUCUUUAAAAAUGCUGCUCCAAUCAGAAAUGAGAAGAGCAAAUACUUUGUCCCAGAAGUGAUGUUCAGGGAGACAUUUUACCCACCAUAUUUAGGAGGAGGAGGGUUCCUCAUGGGAGGCCCCUUGGCUAUGAGGAUGUAUGGUGUUUCUAAUGAGCUGGAAAUCUUCCCUAUUGAUGAUGCGUUUAUAGGGAUGUGUCUCAAAGUGCUCCAGGUCAGCCCCAUGCAUCACAAGGGCAUCAAGACUCGUGGCAAAAUAGAUUAUAUUAAAGAAAAGCUGAUGAGCAAAGACCCCUGUUUGUAUCACAACUUGCUGCUCUUCCAUAAGUUGACUCCUGAAAAGCUGAUUGUAAUGUGGAAAUGGGUGAAAAGCAACAUCAUCUGCCCAAACACAAACCAGAAUACAACAGCCUGAAGGGAGAAUGAGUUACUUACCCAGCUUUUGGGCAGUAAAUAUACAAAAUAGAAAAAUUAUUCCUAUGGUGUACAAUUUUAGCAAAUAAAAAAUGUUGCUUUAUAUUGCCUGAAUACCUCAGAGGGUUAGAUAUCUUGCAAUAAAUGUCAGCUAAUAGUAAAGAGAAAAACUAAAAUACUAUAUGUUGAUUGUACAAGUAUUCGGACAAUGUGGCCUCAAUAACUUAAAGCUGCCACCAUAAUGUUACAAUGUUGCACCAUGCU